UGGACUAUGCUGUGGAACAAGCUCACCAAGGGGUCUUCUUCAAUCAAGGUCAGUGCUGCACUGCAGGCUCACGCAUUUACGUGGAGGAAUCAAUCUAUGAAGAGUUCGUUAGAAGAAGUGUAGAACGCGCAAAGAGGAGAGUCGUGGGGAGUCCUUUUGACCCGACUACGGAACAGGGUCCACAGAUUGAUAAAAAGCAAUACAACAAGAUCUUGGAACUCAUUCAAAGUGGCAUUACAGAAGGAGCAAAACUUGAAUGUGGGGGUAAAGGGCUAGGAAGAAAGGGCUUCUUCAUUGAACCUACGGUGUUUUCCAACGUAACAGAUGACAUGCGGAUUGCCAAGGAGGAGAUUUUUGGACCUGUUCAAGAAAUACUGAGAUUUAAAACCAUGGAUGAAGUUAUAGAGAGAGCCAACAAUUCUGAUUUUGGGCUGGUAGCUGCUGUCUUUACAAAUGAUAUAAACAAGGCCCUGACAGUCUCUUCAGCAAUGCAGGCUGGGACAGUCUGGAUUAAUUGCUACAAUGCCUUAAAUGCCCAAAGUCCUUUUGGAGGAUUCAAAAUGUCUGGCAACGGGAGAGAGAUGGGUGAAUGUGGAUUGAGAGAAUAUUCUGAAGUUAAAACUGUGACAAUAAAGAUCCCUCAGAAGAAUUCCUAAAAUGACAGAGGACCACGUUGUGCAGAAGAGCACAUGAUGCCACCCUCUCUAUUCCUUAUGGAGACCAGCACUCAGGAAUAAAAAGUGUUACACAAUAUAUAUUUAAGAAAUUAAGUUGCAACAUAUAUACUGGGCACAUAACUGCAUAUGUAACACAAACCAACUCUGCAUGUUUUCAUAAAACUCUCCUGAGAAUUGUUACGUCUUUAUAAAACUAAUCAUUACAAGAGAGAAACAUUGCUAUUGAGCAUCAUUUAAUAAUGGUUCUAGCUAUAAAACUGUUAAAUGCAAAUGCAUGCACAUACACAUUUAUCUCUUCUUUCAAUAAACAAAAUAAGUCUCACUGCUUUCAGGUUGCCUUCUCAAAAAGACCUGCCUUGUGCUGACAGUCUAGAUUCAAGCCAGAUUCUACCCAAAAUGCUAGAAAUUAACAACAUAUACAAAGUAUCGAUGUUCUUAAAAAAAAAUAAAAGACUGAAUGGUAACGAGUCAGAAGCUGGUGUAUUGGCAACUUUCCAGUUCGAAUGCUCACAUAAAGAGGUCAGACUGGGAAGGGAAUUCAACCAUAAUACGGACAACGAAAUCCAGGUACUUCUCAGUGAGAUUUGGCUUUCAUGACCCACAGCGAUUUGGUUUUCAAACCUAUUUUCAUAAUUAAUGUCUUGCUAUAAGCAAAAAAUCCUCCCUCACUUACAGGAACUUGAAAGGAUUUACCUGCCUUCCAAAAGAGCGUGGCCAGAGAGGGUGCGGGGGUGUUACAGAGAACAGGAACAGCUCCCAGGACUUCACAGAAUAUUUCAGUUUUCACUCUUGCCUAGUUUCGUUGUUGUUACAGUUGUUGUUUUCACCUUUUUUCAUUUUUCAAACAAGUACAUGCACACACAGACACCAUUUAUCUGUCUGCUAUUAAACUGCCUGUGAUUACACUGGGAAUCAUUCAAGUAUUCAUUACAGCAGGAAGAACCCAGCAAAAGCCCACCUGGCAAGAACUAGGCUUGACUUUAUUUUCUUACUAAAUGAUGGCUUGCCAUCCUCACCGUGCUUGUGAGCCUCAGGUGAGCUUACUCUCUGGCACUGACUCCUCAAUUAUGUCUGGGUUUUUUUAGGCCCAAGACAAAAAUAUGAGCAAGUUCUUUUCGAAGCGAGGUGUUUAAAACCUGUCACCGUGUUUCCUGCUGCCUACAGAACCUCUUCCAAGUCAUAACUAACAAACUAAACACCGUCUCUUUCUUCUUUCCAGCUGCAGAGCUCACCAGACUUUUUAAAAAGAGGUUUCAUUUCAUGUUCUAACUUAGAAUUAAGAAAAUUUCUUUUUAAAGUAGAGUGAAUCACCGACACCGUGUAGCUACAUUAUCUGGGACGUAUGGACAGAAAUAUGGCCUCAGAUGUAACAGUGUUCCUAGCUGCAGAGUCCAUCCUAUGAACUGUUGAAAACUCCAGAUCUGAUCAGCAAAUCAUUUCUGCACAGUCUUAACUUCCUUUACUCUUUGAGGAAUUCCUCUUAGAUUGAACUUGUGUGUGUCCUUCAACAUACUGCUGGAUCAGGACAAGAGUAUCCAGCACUUUGUAGUGUGGUAGCCCUCAGUAUUUUGUAUUUCUAAGUCAUGUCAAACUGUGUACGUGUUUUUAAAGCAAUAUGUAUACGUGAUGUUAUUCGGAAAUGACAGUACAUUCACAGACAUGGAGAAGACCAAAAUAUUCCUGAGUUGUUAAAUGCAAAUACCGUAUCUUCUACUGUAGUGUAUGUCAGAGUUAAGAAAAA